CAACUUCUCAACGUCGCCCUCGCUCCUUGCGACAAGAUGGACCUUCAAGCUUCGACGUCUACCUCCAUGGCCGGCUCAUUAGACGACAGCCUCUUCAUCGCCGAGGGGAAUCUGGUCAUUCUUUACAUGUCGCGCGAUCGUCCCCCCAUCCCCUUGUGUGUCACCCCCGGCGCAACCUACGCAAACAACUAUGGCGUCUUCCCGCACUCCUCCAUCCUCGGCCAACCAUACGGCUCAGUCCUUCACUCUGCCCCUCCCUCACGCGGUUUCGUCACUUUACUCCGCCCGACCCCGGAGCUCUGGACCCUCGCUCUACCGCAUCGCACGCAAAUCCUCUACGCGCCCGAUAUGAGCUUUAUAGCUUCCAAGCUCGCCUUGGGUCCUGGAGCUAAAGUGGUCGAAGCUGGGACGGGGAGUGGGAGUUUUACUCAUUUCCUCGCUAGGUGUGUGGGUAGCGAUGAUGGGGAUCGCAAGGGCACGGCGCUAGGGUAUGGGUGGAAGGGAUUGAAAGGGAUGGGCAUUUCGGCAAAAAAGGGAGAGAGGGUACAGACGAGACCUCCCCGCAGCAGCAGCAACAAUCAGGAGUCGGAGGCUGAGGAUGGGUCGCCUGCUAAUGAGGGCUCAUCGUCCUCUCGACAGGCUUCCCCACCUUUCAAGGAGGCUCCCACCCCUGGCGCUGAGAUGGAUGCGAGAAUCGCUCAAGCCCAAGCUCAAGCCGCUCCUACACCCGAUGACGAGUCGGCUUCCUCCUCGUCGUCGUCGUCCUCUCCGCCAAACUCCCGCGGCCGCGUCUACUCCUUCGAAUUCCACCUACAACGCUCCGAACGUGCUCGCGAGGAGUUCCUCUCCCACUCUCUCACCCCUUCCCUCGUCUCCCUCUCUCACCGAAACGUCUGUCUCUCCGGCUUCCCCUCCUCCUUGAACGGCCAGGCAGACGCUGCCUUCCUCGACCUACCGGCACCAUGGGAGGCCAUCCCCUUUCUAACGGCUGUCCUCUCCCCCUCUUCUACGACGAGGGUCUGCUGUUUCUCCCCUUGCAUCGAGCAGGUCUUACGUACGGUGAAAGCGUUGAAUUGUUGUGGGUUCAGGGAGGUGGAGACGUACGAGUGUCUUGUUAGGACGCAUGAGAGUGUCUUUUCUGGGCAAGGAGGGGAGGGGAGGGAUGUGAGCGAGGUAAAGGGGAGGUUGAGGGAGGUAGGGGAGAAGAGGAGGAAGGCUAGCGAGUUGCAGAGAAGACGCGCAUUGGAGAGAAAGGCGCGCAAGGCCGGGCAGCAGCGCGAUGAGGUUCGCGGCGAAGACGAAGGGGCAGACGAGGACGGCGAGGACAAGCAGCACCAGGAGAAUGGAGGCAAUGGCUCUCACUCCGCCAAGCGACAGCGCAGGGACGACUCACCCGCGGGCGACAACGAAGACGAUGACGACGACGACGAUCAGAAGGGCGCAACGUCCAAGAUCACCAUGUCAGGGCACGGUGUCCCCAUCAUACGCAGCAACGUUCACUCUCGCGUCCACCCGACGAUGCGAGGCCACACGAGCUACCUCACAUUCGCUGUCCUCCUGCCGCGAUUCACCACGACCUCGCAAUGACGACGAAGACGACGGAAGUGCGGAUCAUUCCAUUGCAUUGUGUAAUUUAGCAUGUCGUAAAUCCUCUAGCAUGUCCGUGCGUGCGUGCGGCUCGCGUCUACGCCCCCUCCUCCUCGUCGUCGUCCUCCUCCCGCCUAGCCUCCUCAACCGGCUUGGCGGGAACAGUCCACCAACUGGCAGCGAUUGCCGUCUGGAGCAGAAUGACUACAACGCACGCCCACGUAGUAGGCAGAAUUCCCUGCGCAGCAUCAUCGUCGCUGCUAUUGCGUCCGUUUCCCUCUCCCCUCGCCGGAGCACGCGCAGCUGUCCAACGCUCUUCGGCGAGAAUGAUGGCGCCACCUAACAGGGAGCCGAAGACGAGGGCAAAGAUGCUCAUGGCACGAUGGCGUAGUGUUGAUUUGGAGCGAUCUGACCCUGGGAUUAGCCCGCGGGGGAAGGAAGGGUCGGCACACAUG